AUGGGCCUCACCUUCCAAAAUCCGGCUCUGAAGUCCCAGGUGAACGUGACCACUUCCCUUCCUUGUACGGUUUUCUUUUUGCGCGGAGACCGGAUCGGCAACUCCUCCGCUCCUUCCGCCUUGUCGGGUGACACAUCGGGCGAUCCGUCUGGGUCUCGUUUCUUUUCACGAAAAGGCGACGCCAUCCCAUUCGCCGAGGUUAUAAGCCUCCUUCCUUCCUCUGUGCAGCCCUUCGUGGCCACCCCACUCGACGACCUCCGGCCUCUGGCCUACACGCUCUGGAAAACGGACUUCUUGUCCCAAGCCACGUCCCGCGACCUUGCUGAGUUCUACUCUACGAAGGACUUUGUCCCUAAGGGCGAUCGUAUCGAUGCGCUCAACAUCAGCAAGAUGUACCUCGAGCUCGAUCAAGUCGAGCACUCUGAGCUCUAUGUUGUCGACCCGACUCUGUCGGAGACCGAUCGUGAUGCGCGUCUCGCGGAAAUCAAGGCGCACACAACCGCCAUCCAACGUGAGAUCAUUGCCCGUGAGGUGACCAAGAAACUUGCGAAUCAACGCUCUGCGGUGCACACCUUCUUGGUAUCAGCCAUCUCUACGAAUCCCUACGAGCUCUUUGAGCACAUCAAGACUCGUUUCGAAUCCAAUCCCAUGGACAUCAACCCCACCAUCAUUGCCAGCUAUCUGCGUACUCUCAAGGGCACGGAUGAGAGUUGUAUCGACACUCUAUCCGUGGAACUCAUUGACCUCAUCAAGCGCUACCGUGUGUAUAUGACGCCACAGUUGUUUAAUCCUCUGGAUCCAUCGGCGAACUCGAACCGCCUCCAACAAGCGUCUGCUCUGGUUGACAACGGCUCUGUCGCAACAAUUCAAACACGAACCCAACUUGCAGGCGUCAUGCAUGCCGUUGCAGCCCCUGCACCCACACCCCUAGCGAUUACGCAAGCUAAUGGCUCGGUUCAUGUUAUGAACGCCUUUACUGUCCCGAGCUAUGCUCACCAUGAUUGCGUCAACCACCCCGUCAAGUCGUGCUUCUACUGCGGCGUUAUCAAUCACACGCUUCCUGCGUGUCCCACCCUCAUGUCGGACUAUGCACGCAACACUAUGCGUCCUAUCACUGAUGCACCGGGCGAGCACUUCCCAUCUCCUGUGGAUGCCGAUGUGUGGACGGUGUCCGUCCCCAUCCCCCAUUCCAAGUUGUCGGAGAACAAGGCGUUUUCGCCCUUCAUGCGGAUCUUCGCUACUGUGAAAGCGAUCCCGUUUGCCAAGCGACUGACGAAGGCAUAUCAGUCUCGCGACAUGUGCGAAAUCACCACUACUCUUGAUGAUGUGCUUUGUGCACCUAACAACGCCAUGGGUCUUUACUCGUCUCCCUGCCAGCCCAAGUGCGAGCCCUCCACCGACCCACACCGUGGGGAGUAUAUCCAUCCGGGCCAAAUGGCUAUGCUCGCCGGCAUGCUGACUCCAAGCUCUCUGCCGCUAGCCUUGCGCAGCCUCUGGCACCGUCGUCUCGGCCACCCAGACGUUGAUGCCUUCAACCAAAUGACCAAAACAAACCCCGAGCUUAUGCUCUUCACAGCUAAGCACCUUCGUGCACAACUAUGUGAAACUUGUGCUUAUGCCAAUUCCAAGCGCAGUUCUUUCGACUCAUCUGCGGUCUUCCGCACGGCUUCCUACCUUGCCCUCCUGCAUCACUCAUCACCCAUGGACAUCGGCACCCUCCAAAGCGACAACGCCAAAGAGUAUGAGAAACUCGGGCGCAUUAUCAACGCCAAGUACAACACUCGGGUGGCUUUCUCGAACGCCUAUUCCCCCUAA